AAAUACAAUACAACAUCAGUAACAACAACAACAACAACAAAAAUAAUGGAAUUUUAAUAAAGUUUUAAAAGUGUACUUCUGGUGCAGGAUUAAAAAAAGCAGCAGCAGCAGCAGCAACCAAGAACAUCAAGGAUCUGGAUCUGGAUUAGGACAACUAAAUAUGAUACCGACUAGUGUGACUAAUUCACCACCUCCAGCUGGCUUGGCCCAAAACGGAGCAUCUGUCUCGGUUUUGGGUGCUGCGGCAGGAGGAUUGGGAAUAACUAUAACUGGACCUGGAACUGUAACGGCAGGCAAUGGAGCAGGGGGAGGAGCUGCUGCUGCAACGGCACAGAAUAACUACAACUCCAUAGUUUUGGGUCUUGCCUCACUUAUUUUAGAAGGCAGACCCAUAUCCGAUGAUGAAUAUCAACAUCAGGUUGGAAAGGGAGCUGUAGGAAGCAAUGGGGCAACAGCCACAUCCAGUGGAUCAACUGGCAGUGGUCGUCUAUCACCGCGUCCUUCAACAUCCCGAGCUGCCAUUAACAUAACAACGAAUCCCUAUAAUCUGGCCAGUACACCACGUUCAUCCUAUAAUGGAUUGGGAAUCGGAGUAGGUGGAGGAGGAACCUUCUCCAGUAGCAACAACAGCAGCAGCAACAAUACGACCACUCAUCAAAGAUGGACCCAAAAACUAUGCCAACUGCGUCAAGUGUCACCAGCAGCACAGAGCAUGAGUAUGGAACCGGAAUUAGUGGCCUUGGCCAUUAAUGAUGUCGCCACAGAACAUGGUGGAGUCGGAGGAGGUGGAGGAGGAACUGGUAGUUCAAGUGGAGAGUUUGAAAUUGUUCGACGAGUUUUGCUAAAUCGAGCUGGUCUUGGAGGUGGAGGAGGAUUAGGAGCAGUAGGUUCAGGUGGCGGCGGCACUAAUAAUUCAAGUGCUGCCUCAUCGCCAGGCUCCAAUUCCUCGGAUAAUAUAUUGCAUUCACUGCAAUCAUUGGCCACCACUUGCCUAAGAGGCGGCUCUGGACCGACAGCCAGCAACAAUUUGAAUCUGCCCUUGCCCAUGCCCAUGUCCAUGGCCAUGCCGUUGCCUCAGUCCGGCGAGACACGUCCGUUUAGCCUGGAUUUUGGUUAUAUUCCGCCAACACGAUCCACAAUCACUGCCGCUGCCGCCAGCUCCUCCAAUUCCCCUUCUAUUGCAACAGCAACCACAACAACAACUGCAACAGCAACAACAACUGCAACUGCAACUAAUAGCAGGCCCAAACAUGGGCCACACUGUGAUCAGUUCCUCAGAAAAAUGGGUUUGGCCAAGAGCCAAGAUUCAGCCAAUGACAAUGAGGAACAUUUCUGUGAUAUGUCUUAUGUUAAUAUAACCUGUUCUCGCUGGCGCGCCUAUUGCCUGAAAAUGGAUGCCAUUCUGGCUCGUCGGGAGCCCGGAGUAUGCAUAGAGGUAUAUUUGGGUCCAGUCAGUCAUAAGAUUCUACUUGAACAAUGGAUCAUAACUAGCAAGGAAAAAGUCCCACCGCCCACCAUGACCUUGCCCUCGCUAUGCAGUGCCAUAAGAAGUCAAUUGUAUUUCUCACAAAUUGUGGCCUGGUGCGAUCUACUAAGGAAAUGUGAUCCCUCGGUCUAUGAUAGCGGGCGUGUUAUAUUUGCCAAUGGUAAUGGAAAUAAUGCUGGAGAUUUGGCCACAACAACAACUACCAGCAGUGGCACCACCUCAUCCCCCUCCCAGUCGUCGUCGUCUCGUCGACCAAGAUUGAAUAUAUUCUAUAGAAUCAAACAACAUGAUCCCAAUGGGGGUGGAGGAGGAGCAGGAGGAGGAGCUGCUGGCAUGGAUGGUGGCUUCAAUGCCAAGGCAAAUGUACACAAUUUCCCAUAUGUGAAUAUUGCCGAGAAUAUUAGCAUUUCUGUGUGUGUUAAAAGUCUUCCAAGAAUCAAUGGCGGUUUGCCCCAGGUGGGGCCGGCUCCGGUUCCACCACAGCGUAUGCUACGUGCGGCAUGUACACCCACCAAUGGUGGUGGAUUUCAAGCGGCCACGCCCACUGGCCUAGGGGCACGCAUAGCCAUUGUGGGAGCGAGUCCUGGAAAUGGUCAUGCCAGGGCCAACUGUGAUAAAAAUAAGGCGAAUAGCCCACCAAAGCAAAUGGUGGAGCUACUGGCAGAAGAAGAUGAUGACCAGUUGGGACGUGAUGAUCUAGACGGUGGCUCAUUGAGUCAUCGCGAGAGGCAGCUGCAGAAAUAUCGCAAAAGAAUGCAGCGACGUGAUAAAAAACGUGAGCGCAAAUCUUCGCUGGAGCGACAACCCAUGGAACAAGAGACAGAGGAUCUAGAACCGGAACAGGAGCCCAUGGAGGAGGAGGCACAGGCCAUGGUGAUGACUUUGGCCCAGCCGCGGCGCAUUGCCAUGAUAUCCACGGGAACUCAAACGUCUCUGAGCAGUUGUCAGCAAUGUGGAAGAGAAAAGACAUUGCUAUGUCUCAAUUGCAGCAAUGGCGAAGAUGAGCAUUCUGAUGAUGCACAUGCUCAUGCCGAGAAUGGGCAGACAGAGAACGAUAACGAGGAUACAGGUGGUUCUGGCUCCGAAAUGGAAGACAUUUCCAGCUGUAGCUUGAGCAGUGGUGAUCUCAUAGUGGGCACACCGCGUAACAAUGCCGAAUUGCUGCUUCAGGCAAUACAAAGGACGCCAAAGAAUCGUCAGUCAAGAGAUCUCAAUAGAGGCAGCCGUGCGGCGGCAGGAGGAGGAGGAGCCAGAAACAACAAUCAGCCUAAAGCAGCAGCCAGCAGUGGCGGUUGCCAAUUGUGCAAGCGUCAGAAGACCCAACAUCAUUUUGCCCAGGCCAAACAAGAGCAGAUUAAACAAGAGACCUCCACCAUUCCUACCAAUGGUGGUCAUCAAAUGGAAGAAGAAGAGGUGGAACAACAGUCGAUUGCCUCCACCAAAUUGACUCCAAAUAUAGAACGAUGCUCGUUGAAUGCCAUCACCGAACGCUGCCAAACGCCGCCGCUGCCAUUGGAGAGCACCAACAACUUGGUGGGACAAUUUAAGACACCUCAGUUGAAGCUGGAUACCCACCAUUCACCACUGCCAAUGCCAACGCUUCUAACGCUGGCCAGGCCCAUGCCCGCGAAGCCCAGUCAGUUGCGUCUCAAUUGCAGUGGCAGCGGCUUGCCCCAGAUGUAUGACAAUGAAACGCCGCCACCGACAACAUCGCCACUGCUCCGCAAGGCUCUGCCCAAAGUCAAUUUGACAACCAUCUUCUGUAGCUCAGCUCCCAUUACCAUUGGCAGUAGCUCCGGCACCAGCCAGGCCAGUAGCAGUAGCCUGGCCUUCUGUUUCGAUCCAUCCACACUGAGUCAUGCCCAAUCGCAAUUGAUACCCUCCGAUUUGGGCAAUAAUCUCACCGUACAGAAAUCCUUCUCAGCUCCCACCUUACCCAAUGUUUCCAAUUCCUCCUCCUCCUCGUCAACGCUAUCGAUAUCACCGCGUUUCGCCAAGCAAGCAGCGGCUGCUUCUUUCUAUAAACGCAGAUCGCGUCAUCUCAGUGAUCGCAGCGAUCGCAGUUCUUUGGGCUCGGAUGAGCAGCUAUCGGAUGAGGAUUUGGAGUCGGCGGGUAUGUUCAGUCCGGCUGGUUCACCAAUGAAAUGUCGCUCCCGUUUGGCCUCACAAUUUGCCCAUCGUCCAUUGUUGGGUAAUCUGGAGGAAUCUCUGCUGCAGAGGCGUCUGAUGCCCAAAAUUGAGGUGCAAGGAUUUAAAUUGUUAUUGGGUGCCUCGGGUGGUUUCUGUCCCACACAGUUAACUAUUCCAGCUGCUUCUUAUUUCUAUGAGUUGCAUGGCGAAACCCUAAGCACACCCUAUAUGUGCGAAAUCCGGAUGCCUCGUAAGGGUUAUUCUGUGCCCAGGACAGGCACAUUGCAGGCCACUCUAUUGAAUCCAAUGGGCACAGUGGUGCGAAUGUUUGUUAUACCCUACGACAUGAGGGAUAUGCCACCAUUGCAUCGAACUUUUAUACGUCAACGUAUAUUAGCCGAGGAGGCAAAUCCUUGUCUGCAGCAACAACAACAACCACAGCAGACAAAGGAGCAAGUGCAACCACGAAGCCCCACAACAACUAGCACCACCAGCAAAUUAGGACACUUCAUCACCGCCGAGCAGAUGAAACGUUUGCGUUAUUCCAUACACUUAAGGUUCCAGACCUCACGUUCGGGCCGUCUUUCGCUGCAUACCGAUAUACGGCUAUUGAUCUCAAGACGCACAGAUUGCGAUACAGCUGCUGCCCAUGCCAAGGGUGUAUUGGAGGCCCCCAAUGAGCUGAUCACGGAUACUCUGAUGCCCCAGGAGCCCCGCUAUAGUUCCAGGCAGGAGAGUUCGAGUGCCAGCAGUAAAAUUUAGUAGUUAAUAAACGCCCUGGGCGGCCUCACUUAUCAAUUGUUUAGACGCCUGUGCAAGCAAAUGCUGCGGGCACGUUGGCAAUUUUGGCAGCAAUAUCCCAAAUAUCAGCUUUAGAGAAAGGAAUUUAUUUUAUUUUUAACUCUAUAUAUAUAUAUCUAUUUUUUUUUUAUUUUUUAUUUGUAUAAUUUUAUACAAAUUUGAGAAAACGGAAAGUGAACGAAAUUUCUGUAAAGAAAUGAGAAAUGAAAGUAAAAAAAAUUA